AUGCACUACAGAGGUGUCGCAUGUACUGACGCCAUCCAAUAUGUUGACUCGCUGAGGUUCCUGUCGGAAGUUCAGCAAAUUCCUAUAGGAAAUAGGAACUCAAAGGAGAGUGGCUUCGUCAAAAGGAAAGGAGUCAGAAUCAUUGUAGAUAUCCGGUUUAAUGUAGGUGCUGAAGAAAGUUCUCUUGGGUAUAAUAAAUACAGGAAAGACUCUAUCACCUGUGCCAAUGUAGACGCAUUGGUAUGGAGAUCGUUAAAAUCGUCAACAUAA